GUUCCCGAGCAGAACCUAUUUCUCAUCAGCCUCCGCCUCCUGGGGUUGCAGGGCCAGGCCAAGACAGGGCUGCUGCUGGCGUCACUGGGCACACGGCUGCUUUCCCACAGCCCUGUGCUUGCGCCCCCGCUCCACAUAGGAGACCUGGUCACCCUUCACCCACCUAGCUUGGUCCCUCCAGGGAAUUUUUUACGGGUUGCCCUGCCGUCUGCCCCAGGUGAUAAAUCAGGGCAGAGCAGGAUGCAAGACUCCUGCGUGGAGGAUAUAAAAGGAGAAAAGCCCUGAGAGGCACAGGCUUCGCGGCUCCCAGAGCAAGAAGGGCUGGGGCAGCAUGGACCCAUGGAGCAGAACGCCUCUCUAUGGGCUCCUGCUGGUGCUCUGCAGCUCCUGCACCUUCAGUUUCCCCGCAGACACCAGCGCCUUCAGAAGGAUCUUCCUUAAGAAAAUGCCCUCAGUCCGGGAAAGCCUGAAGGAGCGAGGAGUGGACGUGGCCAGACUGGGCGCCGAAUGGAACCAGUUUGCCAAGACACUCUCCUUGGGCAACAGCACCUCCCCUGUGGUCCUCACCAACUACCUAGACACCCAGUACUAUGGCGAGAUCAGCAUUGGCACCCCACCCCAGACCUUCAAAGUCAUCUUUGACACAGGCUCUGCCAACCUCUGGGUCCCCUCCAGCAAGUGCAGCCCUCUCUACAUGGCCUGUGAGAUUCACAGCCCCUAUGACUCCUCGGAAUCCUCCACCUACAUGGAGAACGGGACGGACUUCACCAUCCGCUACGGAUCCGGGCAGGUCAAGGGCUUCCUGAGCCAGGAUGUGGUGACUGUGGGCGGGAUCACGGUGACGCAGACGUUUGGCGAGGUCACGGAGCUGCCCCUCAUACCCUUCAUGCUCGCCAAGUUUGACGGGGUCCUGGGCAUGGGCUUCCCUGCGCAGGCCGUCGGUGGGGUCACCCCAGUCUUUGACCACAUCCUCUCCCAGGGGGUGUUAAAGGAGGAUGUCUUCUCUGUCUACUACAGCAGAAAUUCCAAGAAUUCCCACUUGCUGGGGGGAGAGAUUGUGCUGGGAGGCAGCGACCCUCAGUAUCACCAAGGGAAUUUCCACUACGUGAGCGUGGGCAAGACUGGCUCCUGGCAGAUCAAAAUGAAAGGGGUGUCUGUGAAAUCGACCACCCUGCUCUGUGAGGAGGGCUGCGUGGCGGUGGUGGAUACCGGCGCUUCCUACAUCUCGGGUCCCACCAGCUCCCUGAGGCUGCUCAUGGAGACCCUGGGGGCCAAGGAGUUGAGCACAGACGAAUAUGUCGUGAACUGUAACCAGGUGCCCACACUCCCUGACAUCUCCUUUCACCUCGGAGGCAGAGACUACACCCUCACCAGCGCGGACUAUGUGUUACAGGACCCCUACAGUAACAGUGAUCUAUGUACCCUGGCCCUCCAUGGCCUGGACGUCCCGCCACCCACUGGGCCUGCCUGGGUCCUGGGCGCCAGCUUCAUCAGGAAGUUCUACACGGAGUUUGAUCGACAUAACAAUCGUAUUGGCUUUGCCUUAGCCCGCUGAGUCUGCUCGGUCCUUGCGCAGGGCCAGAGGACUCGGUGGGCCCAUAGGGCCGUGUGUGUGUCCUCACGGAGUGGAGCUUCUCCCUAGCACUUGCCUUGUGCCCAGCACCAGUUCUUCCCUGCUUUGAGGACAAAGAGAAUAAAGACUGUAUGUUCACAUGUCUAUCGGGCCUGCCU